AACAAGUCUGGCAACGCCGCAUGAUAACAUAUUGUCGAAAACGUAGAAUUUUAUUGUAAACUUGAACAAAAGACAAGCUAAAUCGAACAAUAUUCAUUUUUGUAUUUAUAUAACAUGAUUCUCCCUCACGGCAUAAGUCACGUCAAUCAAAGUUAUCUCCCGCGGCGAAGAACUGGCUUAAAAUUGUUUAUGUUUAUCGCGCUUGUUGUUGGCUGAUAGGAAAUUAAGGUAAUGUUUUCGGCAACAAAAUUCCGAAAUCCGCACAGCCCGCCCUAAUCCCCCGUUCCCUUAGGGCCCGUAUCUUAUCCGUGGCGGAUGCAAACCACUAAAAGGCGACUUGGCCAUGAAGUGCGGAUAAGCGGAUUCCUUCUUAUCGCUGGCCAUUGGACAUUGGCUAUUUUACCAAUAAUAGUUACGAGUGGCUGGACUUUCAAGCAUUUCGCGCCUAGCACUCGCAGCAGGCAGACCAGUCGCUAGAAACGAACUCCAACAUGGUUGCAUUGAGCACACAGUAAGUACCCCGGCCCCACCGCCCACCGCCCCUACUCACGACCACAACGUCCACAAUCCCAUCAUUCCAACCACCAAUCCACCAAGAGCCAGUUCGCUGGACAAUGGCGAGCGGAGAUGGCGGCGAAGGUGACCACAACGGUCUGAACUCACUACUAACUGCACUGGGCGACUAUUACAGCGGCCGCCGGGAGGAGAAGGCUGUAGCCAACAUCUACGAUGACAAACGGAUCUUUCCGGACUUCCGUGGAGGACCUUUGGACGAGUACCGCCAGCGGGCUAGUUUCUGCUACAAGCGCAUGAACGUGGUGCUCGAGGGUGAGGAUCACAUUCGGCUGAAGCACAAGGUGUGGCAAUGGAUGGAGCAGCACCCCGACUACCAGCGGGAGUCAGGAACCGACCUGGAACGCACACGUGAAAUGGCCAACAAGCGGCAGCAUCUUCUGUGGGAGCAACAGUUCUACGGUGUCAACGAGUAUUUGGGAACCCCGCAUCUCCUGCUUGCCUUCGGGCAGGCCAUCUUCAGCUACGACUUUAGCACUUCGGUCAAGUUCGGUUUGUCAACUGGCAUGUUCCCCAGCACCCUGGUCUCCAACGGAUCUGGUCGCCUGGGCAAGUAUGUGGCCAAGAUCGCGGACAACCGUAUUCUGGGAGCCUACGCUCUCACGGAGAUUUCUCACGGCACCAACGCGCUCGGCAUGCGCACCCGAGCCACUUACGAUGUAAAAAGGCAGGAGUUUAUCAUCCACACGCCAGACUUUGAGGCGGCCAAGUGUUGGGUCGGCAAUCUCGGCAAGACCUGCACCCACGCAAUCGUCUACGCCCAGCUGUACGUGCCCGAUGAGAAGCACCAGGGCCUACAGGCCUUCCUUGUUCCCAUUCGGGACGAGCGUACCUUGCUGCCCUUCCCCGGCGUAACCGUUGGCGAUAUGGGCGAGAAGAUCGGUCUCAAUGGCAUUGAUAACGGAUUUGUGAUGUUCAACCAGUAUCGUAUCCCUAAGGCGAAUCUGCUGUCCAAGACCGGUGACAUCGAUGCGCAGGGCAACUACACCAGUCAAAUUAAGGACGAGCGAAAGCGCCUUGGCGCCUCCUUGGGCGCUCUCUCUGUGGGCCGCGUCAAUAUCACUGCUAUCACCUACGUGGCUCUGAGCAAGGCUGUGACAAUUGCCACUCGCUAUGCGGCCAGCAGACGCCAGUUCGGCCCUACGAAUAGCCCGGCGGAGUGGCCUGUGAUCGAGUAUCAGUCGCAGCAAUACCGACUUAUCCCUCAUUUGGCCACCACAAUCGCCUUGCGGGUUGCUACACUCUGGAUAGGCAAAGAGAACAUGGAUUUGACCAUGAAGGGCUUUACUGGCGAGGACACCUCGCAGGCGGGCAUGGAGAUCCAUGCGAUCUCUUCGGCACUCAAGCCAGUGGCCACUUGGGCAGCCAGGGAUGGCAUUCAGGAGUGUCGCGAGGCCUGUGGCGGUCAUGGCUACCUUAAAUCUUCAGGCUUGGGCGAGCUUCGGAACGACAACGAUGCUAACUGCACCUAUGAGGGCGAGAACAACACGCUCAUCCAGCAAGCGUCCAAUUGGCUGAUCAGUCUGCGACGCAACAAUGCCGACUUCGUGGCAGUGUCCCCAUUGGAGACAGUCUCCUUCCUGAAGGAUAUGGACGCAAUUCUUCAAACCAAGGGCCAGGAGCGAACUCCUGCCGAAGUUUUAGAUCCGCACAAUCUACUUAAUGCCCUCAACUGGCUUACCGUCUGGACACUGGAUACGACGGUGAAACGAGUUGAGGAGCAGCACCGCGAAGGAAAGGAUGCGUUUGAGACGCGAAACAAUAUUCAGGUCUUUGCCGCCCAGAAGCUCUCUGUUAUAUACGGCGAGCGUACCAUAUACUACGUGUUUUAUAAGUUUGUAAUUGGACUGCCCGACUCUGCUGAGAAGAAGGUGCUGCAGCAGGUGCUCUCCUUCUAUGGCGCCCACUUGGUCACAAAGUACUCCGCUUCUUUCUACCGCGGGGGCUACUUCCGGCAGAACUCAAACCAGCUGGAGCUGUACGAGCAGGGCAUCUUGGCUCUGCUUCCCCUGCUGAAGAACGAAGCCAUUGCUCUGGUGGAUGCCAUUGCUCCCACAGACUUUAUUCUAAACUCUCCACUGGGCAUGAGCGAUGGAAACGUCUACCAGCAUCUGCAGCGCACUAUUGUUUCUACUCCAGGUGUCUACGAGCGUCCUCAUUGGUGGCGUGACGUUACCUACAAAGAUUACCUUAAACGCGCUAAAUUGUAGUCACAAAAACAUUCACAUUCGGAAAGUGCAUUAUUAAUGUUAAGUUUUCAAAGUUAUUCUGAGCAAUCACAGUAUGAUAUUUGUUACACACAGCUCUGCCUAUUACGGUGUUGUCAAGAAAUAUACUCUUAUGUGCUUAAAAUGA